GUGGACAAUGACGCUGCCGACUGCAGCAUCAGAGCUUCCUUUGCUGGUGUGCGCAAAGUGAAACGGGCAACAUGAUGCUCUCUGCACCUGCGGUUAUUUUCACAUUAACUUUAAUUUAUCCAAGUUACGGUCUCUACUUCCACAUAGGAGAAACGGAGAAGAAAUGUUUCAUUGAGGAAAUUCCAGACGAGACCAUGGUCAUUGGAAAGUACAGGACUCAGUUAUGGGACAAGCAGACGAGUUCCUUUCUCCGAUCCACCCCAGGGCUUGGGAUGCACGUUGAGAUCAAGGAUCCAGAUACAAAGAUUAUCCUCUCUCGUCAGUACGGGUCAGAUGGACGGUUCACCUUUACCUCCCACACUCCUGGAGAACAUCAGAUCUGUCUGCACUCCAACUCCACCAAGAUGGCUCUGUUUGCUGGAGGAAAACUGAGGGUGCAUCUAGAUAUUCAGGUCGGAGAACAUACCAACAACUACCCUGAGAUCGCAGCUAAGGACAAGCUGACUGAACUGCAGCUGCGAGUCCGACAACUCUUGGACCAAGUUGAACAAAUCCAGAAGGAACAAAACUACCAGAGGUAUCGGGAGGAGCGCUUCCGCAUGACGAGUGAGAGCACCAACCAGCGCGUCCUCUGGUGGUCCAUCGCUCAGACACUCAUCCUCAUCAUUACCGGCAUUUGGCAGAUGAAGCACCUUAAGAGUUUCUUUGAGGCCAAGAAGCUGGUGUAAUAACGGCGGCAUUAGGAGACGGCAUGAAUUGGAAUAGACUUAAACAGAAACAGAUCAAGAUGUGGUCUUCAUUACAGCUGAUAAUGGUACAAACGCAUUCGUAAGCAGUUGUCAAUGCUUUGAUUUUUACAUUACCAACACAGUAGCGCACCAUUCCAAUUGCAUUUUUGUUGUUUGUGUUUUCUUAAAAACACUGGAUCUCUUAUUUUUCUCCCUUUUUUUUUGCUGGAAAAAGCCAAGAGACGACAUUAAUGAACUGAACUGAUUCUUUGUGGUCUUGCACAAAUGGAUGACCGCCGCAAAAUAUAUGUGUGAAUGUUUAAGCUGUUACAGGUUAUAACCAAGUAGUUAGCUGAGAAUUUGGAGUGUGAACAUCUGUUUUAUAUCUGACUGGAUUUUGUUAUUGUUAGUGUUGCACAUAGAUGUGUCAUUCCUGACUGUCUGCUUUCAGCUGUGCUGUAUUCACUGGUCAAACACAUGCAAAUAAUAUACCGGCCUUUAUUACUUCAGCUGUAUAUAGUUUCUAGCUAAAAUUUGAUUUCCUGUAUAUUUGACUAAUUAGAUCUUAGAUACAGUUUGUGAUACUCUUAUGUUAAUAAACGGACCCUAUGUUGUAAAUAACAGAUUUAGCUCAGUGACUGUCCUGUUCAAUUUCUAAUGCCUUUUUCACUAAUUCAA